AUGCAAGAGCGAGCGCAAAUUGCCUCUCGCUACGAAGUGUGGCAAUCAAUAGUGGAAGUGCAAAGGUGGUGGCGGAAUUUCAACGGACCUCAUGCUGUUUUGGAUCCAAAAACCAUUAAAAACUGUCAUUCAAAGUUGAUGAAAACUGGAUCAGUGGCAGAUAGUAAAAAGAACCGGCCGUCCUUCAACAUUCCAAGAUCAGAAGAAGAUAUUAAAAUUGUUCGAGAAAUGUUCAUAAAAAGCCCCUACAAGUCAACAUGUCAAGCAGCUCGUGAGAGCGGACUUACACGGCACACUGUAAUGACAGCCCUUAAGCUUUCGUCCUUGGAAGCCACAUUACUGCCAUGA